CCGGAGCUGAAGUCAUUAUAUUCCGGGGCUUCUUCCUCCUCUGGGUACCAGCUCCUUACUGCCCUGCAGAUGUGGGUGCUUCUGGACACCGGAAGGAAGAGGCAGAUUCCUUAAAUCUCAGCAGGUCGGAGAGUCUGUGUUCACAGACCUCUAGAAGCAAGAAAAAGUGCAGGAAACUACCCUGCGCAGGCACAGUUAAGCAGGAAAAAACAUCAUGCAAAAGCACUGCAAAGAAAAUGAAGCAAAACCCAAAUGCAGCGUGCCAAAGAAGGAAGAAGAACGCCCCUAUGGAGAAUUUGAACGCCAGCGAACAGAAGGGAAUUUUAGACAGAGGCUACUUCAGUCUCUCGAAGAAUUUAAAGAGGACAUAGACUAUAGGCAUUUUAAGGAUGAAGAAAUGACAAGUGAGGGAGAUGAGACGGAAAGGUGUUUGGAAGAGAUAAGAGGUCUGAGAAAGAAAUUUAGGGCCCUGAAUUCUAACCAUAGGCAUUCUCGAAACCGCCCUUAUCCCAUUUAAUUCAUUUCUCUGAAAAUUCAGGAUUUUUUCUGUUAUUAAUAUUGUCACUGAUUUCCUUUUGCAUUUUCUUGCUAAAUAUUUGCCAUCAUUUUAUUCCAAUCAUUCGGUGUUGUUUAGAUUUACAUAUGACUUGUCAACAUCUCAUCUUUUGACUCAACCUUAUUUAAUAAGGAGUCUCAUUCAUUUGCAUGGUAAAGUAAAAAUAAGAACUUGCAAAACAGUGUGUGUGUGUGUGUGUGUGUAUACACUUUAUGUUUACUUUUCUAUAUAACAUAAUGCAAGGGAAAGUGUCUGAUUUAAUAUACACCAAAGGUUAACAGUGAAUGUGUGUGUAAUCUGUAUUUUGUUCCCCUUUUUUUUGCCUAUCUGCAUCUUUUAAUUUUCAAAAAAAUGAAUAUGUGCUUGUGUGUGCAUAUUACUUGUGCCAUCAAAAAUAAAAACACAUUAAAGCAGACAAAAUAAAGCAAUUUAUCAAUCCCCUUUGGAAGGUGGUGAAACACUUAUUACGAAUAACCUCUCAAUAACAGAAGCACAACAAAGAA